GGCCCCGCCCCCUGUACCGCCACCUAGCGGCCAAGCCAGGAGGUCUCGGCGCAAGGACUGAGCUGGAGCCGGCCCUUUCCGGUUCCGGGCCCGGUUCGGAAGCCGCCGCGAUGAUCGGGGACCUGCUGCUCUGCGGGACGCUGCUGAUGAACGCCGGCGCCGUGUUAAACUUCAGGCUGAAGAAGAAAGACGCUCAGGGCUUCGGUGAAGAGUCUAGGGAGCCAACUACGGGUGACAAUAUCAGGGAGUUCUUGUUGAGUCUCAGGUACUUUCGAAUCUUCAUUGCCUUGUGGAACAUCUUCAUGAUGUUUUGCAUGAUUGUGUUAUUUGGAUCUUGAAAGUCAUCCAGAAACCUGUUCGGAGAGCAGUCUUUAUCUGGUAACUUGGAGGAGGCUUUUGGCUGGAAACAUGACCUUUCCAUAAAGUAAAAGACUGCAGUGUUUUCAAAAUAUGAACAAAGAAUUUUGGUCUGUUCUUUUAUACAAGGGUCUAAAUGUUAAAGAGAUAGGACACAUUCAUAUUCUUGGGCAGAUUGUAAGAUGGUGUGAUUAUUAUGUAAAUGAAAGUAGCUUCUUGUUAAAUGGUGGGGAGCACUUUCAUGGUUGGUAGACACACAAACUGACCCUCCUGGACCAUAUUUACCAAAAGUGUGGCCUGACUCUUGGGACUUUUUUCAUAUCUUUUUUUCAACAGACCCCAAUAAAUAUUGGACUAACAGCAAACACGUUGACCCAUGUGUAUACCCUCCUCUAGCUUGCCUCUCUGGGAGUGUCAGCUUUUAGGCCUACCAACCUUGAUGCUCAAAGCAAAAUUGUUCAACUUUUCUAGCAUAUAUAAAUAACUUCUAAAUGAUGAUGCUGGCCCAGCAACAUGAUGCUUGGUGAACUGUAGAAUUACAACAACAUCUGAUGGUCACAAGAAUCUCUGCUUUCAGUCACUCCUUGCUCUUAGUCUGUUAUGGCAUAGUAUAGGCUAUUUGAGGAGCCACUGCUCUAUUGUCUGAGACCAAUUUUGCCAUUUGUAAGGCAUUUUUAUAAAGUUAAGCAAAACAAUGUUAUAUUCCUGUAAUUUUAAUGAUUGUCAGUUUUGUAUCUGACUAUAGAGAGCUGCGUAGCACUCGAAAUAUCUGGAUGUCAUGGGCUGCGCAAUAAAGAAAUAACUUAUGGGAGGAGGAGAAGAAUGUUGUUCACUAUAUCAAAGAUUGUAUUUGCCUGCAAACUGCCCUAGAGAAUCUACCUCCUGAGACAGGUAGAUUUUGUGGAUAUGGAGUUAGCAGAGUAGAGGCCACCAGAAUUAAGCCUUUCUCAAGUUGGUUAUAAAUGUCCUUGAAGUUGAAAUAACUGAGAAUGAGCAUACAGACACUGCUACUUAUACAAUUAAAUUCCAGUAAAGAGGGUCCAGAAUCUCAGGAACAAGCUCCAAAGAACUUGUAGGUUAAAAAAAUACACAUUCAUCAUCAAAAGAAGUAACAGGUCUUGAGAUCUUAAACUAACUUCCAAGUAUUAUGAGAAUAUACACAUCAGAACAGGCUGAAAAGAAAAUUUUAAGAAUAAUUAAUUCUUCAGUCUUUUUUUCUUUCUCUUCAGGCUUUCCAAGUUAUGCGGUAAAACAGUGUUUAAGUAAACAUUUAAUUUAGGCCUAAGGGAGUGAUUGUACGUCAGCAUAUUUUUGUACUUGCUGUUAGUGCACUAUCUUCUUAAUAGCAGUCACAAUAGUCACGUUUCUUUCAUGCAAAAGUGCGAAAUGUAAUUAAGGUUUUUAUAGCUUCUGUAAUUUAAAUAUCAAUUAAAUGAUCUGUUUUUAUCAGUUGAUAUGUACUAUGCCAUAUGCAUGUUCUAGAUUCAUAGCACACGUCUAAGAUAGUUACCAAAUUUAGUGUAAUCAGACUUCUUAAAUCAGUGUUGGUGAUUGUGUAUGUGUAAAUUGUUUAUCUUCCAAACCAGUACUGGAGGUUUCAAUAAAAAUGGCUCAGAUUAUA